AUGUAUUUGGCAGUUGGAGCAGGUGACAAGUAUGGGCAUCUGGAGCAGUUGGCAAGUAUGGGCAGCUGGAGCAGUUGGGAGCAGCUAAGAGAGUUGUUAGGAAUCGAAUCAACAACGGCCGAGGUUGAUCCAAAGGAUCAGACUCUUGCCGAUCGGCUGAGGCAGCUGAGUGCCGAGUCAGUGAUUAGUGAUCUGGACGUCGAGCCGGUGCCCAAACUCGGGCGACAUACAGAGGCUUCGAGGGUCGUCUUUGCUACCGAGGAAGAUGAUGGCCCUGUUGAACCUAUCAAUAUCGCCUGUCCACCAAAGACGGUCCAAUCAGAGAUCAAGGAACUCCUAAAUAGGCUCCUUCGGGAAGAGCCCGGAUGUGCCUUCCAUCUCCAGGCUUCUGCAUCGAUGGACAUGUGGUUGUGCGUGAAGCGGGCCAUCUCGGCUACCGAGCGUGCCAAAAAGGCUUAUGAGGAUGGUUGUGCCAAGGUUGCCAAGUUAGGAAAGGCUCUCCAGGAUCACGCUCAUCUCCUGAAGGAAAAACAGGCUACCGAACGGCAAGUCAAAGCUUCUGAGGCCAAACUGGCAGAGAUGAGGGCGGCUCUGGAUGCUGCGGUGACGGCGGCGAAGGACGUCGAGGCAGCAAAGGAGGCUAUGCAGGUAGCAUUGGAGGAUUCCGAGCGGGCAAAGGCUGUAGAAAUCAAGGCUGCCGUUCGAGAGGUGAUCAGGGGUUACCGUUCGUCUGACAAGUUCACUGCCCUACUGGACAAUGAAGUGGGCUCGGAGAUGGCAGAUCUUCUGUACCGUUUCAAACGGUUCAACCCUGGGCAGAAGCUGAACCUGAGCUUUGCUACUGAUCCUCCUCCUCUAUCGGAAGGCGUCACAGAAGAGAUGAUUGAAGACUACGAAGGGGAGGAUGCUCCGGAAGAUGUCACCGCCAUCGAGAGUCCUGCUGUUGCCGCUGCUACUGAGGGCGCUGAAGCUGCCGAUGAAGGGGAUACCGUUUGA